CCCACCGGGGAGAUCAACGAAUCAGAUUCGGAUGUCCCAGAUGAACGGGAAGUUUACAAUCUUUGUUGACACACGAGCUACACAUUUAGGUACAAUUUCUUAGCGAAAUAGUUGAUUUUUGUCAAAACAAAGAAAAGAUGGUUUGCGACAAUUGUGAGAAGAAGCUGGGCAGGGUGAUAACUCCAGACACCUGGAAGGAUGGUGCGAGAAACACUACAGAGAGUGGUGGGCGGAAGCUGAACGAGAACAAGGCUCUGACAUCUAAGAAGGCCAGGUUUGAUCCUUAUGGGAAGCCAGGAAAGUCAGGCUUUGGCAUCUGCAGAAUCUGCAAGAGCUCUGUUCACCAAUCAGGAUCUCACUACUGCCAGGGCUGUGCCUACAAGAAAGGUAUCUGUGCCAUGUGUGGGAAAAAGGUUCUGGACACCAAGAACUACAAGCAGACCUCUGUCUGACAGGCUUCUGACAGGCCACCAGGAGGACCAGAGGGAGAGGGGAGGGAGGAGAAGAUAGCGGGGGAGGAAGGUGUGCACGAGGAGAAGAUAGCGGGGGAGGAAGGUGUGCACGAGGAGAAGAUAGCGGGGGAGGAAGGUGUGCACGAGGAGAAGAUAGCGGGGGAGGAAGGUGUGCACGAGGAGAAGAUAGCGGGGGAGGAAGGUGUGCACGAGGAGAAGAUAGCGGGGGAGGAAGGUGUGCACGAGGAGAAGAUAGCGGGGGAGGAAGGUGUGCACGAGGAGAAGAUAGCGGGGAGGAAGGUGUGCACGAGGAGAAGGUAGCGGGGGAGGAAGGUGUGCACGAGGAGAAGAUAGCGGGGGAGGAAGGUGUGCAGGAGGAGAAGAUAGCGGGGGAGGAAGGUGUGCACGAGGAGAAGAUAGCGGGGGAGGAAGGUGUGCAGGAGGAGAAGAUAGAGGGGGAGGAAGGCGUGCACGAGGAAUGACGACUUUAUCCUGUUGUUCAGACCCCCUGACUGUCUAAAACACUCAUAGCAGACUUGCAGUCAAGGGGUUUUUACUCUGUGUGUGUGUGUGACAGAUGUGGAGCAGGGUUUCCCUCCCUGUUGUAAAGCUCCUAUAAUUUUCAGCUUUGUAGCAGCAAUACGUGGCCAGCACUGUUCCACACACCAAAUCGGAGGCUACUUUUAGUUUUAAUAGCUGAACUGAUGGUUUCUCUCCUGUUGUGUCAAAUCUGCUCUGAUACAGGAGUUUCCUUUCAUUGAUUCUUUGUGAAUUAUAUCAAGUGUUAUGUUUUUUGAGUGCAUUAAAAUAUUCAAUAUGUAACGACAA